CAGUGGCAAACACUACCCAUCCAGCCUCUGGCAUUUACCGUACAGGGAGUUCUGAACAACAAGUACAUCUAGGACACCCAAGAAACCGUGUCAGAGACUGUAUCGAGGUUCCUCAGGGAAGAACCAUUGUGGGCACCUCAGAAGCAGACAGGGGCUCGGCUGGGUCACAUUAUCGGCCCUACGCGAGCUGUCCCUCCACACACAUCCCUGCACACCUUGAAGAACUCCACUUCAACGUGUGCCCAAGACAGCUAUAAUGCGUGAAGUUAUCUCCGUGCAUGUCGGCCAGGCCGGUGUCCAGAUGGGCAACGCCUGCUGGGAGCUCUACUGCCUCGAGCACGGCAUCCAGCCCGACGGUCAGAUGCCCUCAGACACCAGCGUUGGCGUCGCCGACGACAGUUUCAACACGUUCUUCUCGGAGACGGGCACGGGCAAGCACGUGCCGCGCGCCAUGUUCGUGGACCUGGAGCCGACGGUGGUGGACGAGGUGCGCACGGGCACCUACCGGCAGCUGUUCCACCCGGCGCAGCUGCAGACCGGCAAGGAGGACGCCGCCAACAACUACGCGCGCGGCCACUACACCAUCGGCAAGGAGAUGAUUGACGCCACCCUCGAGCAGAUCCGCAGGAUGACCGAACAGUGCACCGGCCUGCAGGGGUUCCUGGUGUUUCACUCGUUCGUUGGCGGCACCGGCUCCGGCUUCACGGCUCAGCUUAUGGAGCGACUCAGCAUCGACUACGGUAAGAAGUCCAAGCUGAGUUUCUCCAUCUACCCGGCUCCAGAGGUGUCCACGGCCGUUGUCGAGCCGUACAACGCCGUGCUCUUCACCCACACGACGCUGGAGCACACUGACGUUGAGUUCAUGGUCGACAACCAGGCCAUCUACGACUUGUGCAAGAAGAACCUGGACAUCGAGCGCCCGACGUACACCAACCUGAACCGGCUGAUUGGCCAGAUCGUCUCCUCCAUCACGGCCUCGCUGCGCUUCGAAGGCGCCCUCAACGUCGACCUUAACGAGUUUGAGACCAACCUGGUACCGUACCCUCGGAUUCACUUCCCACUGGUCACCUACGCUCCGGUCAUCUCGGCCGAGAAGGCGAUGCACGAAACCCUGUCAGUUGCCGAGAUCACCAAUGCCUGCUUCGAGCCAACCAACCAGAUGGUCAAGUGCGACCCGCGCGAGGGCAAGUACAUGGCCUGCUGCCUGCUCUACCGUGGCGACGUCGUCCCGAAAGACGUCAACGCCGCCAUCGCCAGCCUGAAGGCCAAGCGAAGCAUCGAAUUCGUCGACUGGUGUCCGACUGGCUUCAAGGUAGGAGUCAACUACCAGCCGCCGACCGUGGUGCCCGGCGGCGACCUGGCCAAGGUGGAACGCGCCAUUUGCAUGCUGGCUAACACGACGGCCAUCAGCUCCGCCUGGGGGCGACUCAACCACAAGUUCGACCUGAUGUUCGCCAAGCGCGCCUUCGUGCACUGGUACGUCGGCGAAGGCAUGGAGGAGGGUGAGUUCGCCGAGUCGCGCGAGGACCUGGCCGCCCUGGAGAAGGACUAUGAGGAGGUGGAGGCCAGCGGAGAGGACGAUGCCGAGGAAGAGGACGAGUAUUAGACACUCCCGGUCUUUU